CCAAAUACUUAUCUGCAUAUCACAACACACUCCACUUCCUCACUCUCUGUCGCUCCGAUCGUGCCUUUCUCGGGCCCGAUCACCGGAAACUUCACAUUUUCACUUCCGGUCACCGUUAACUCACCGAUUUACAGUAAAAAUGAGAGAAAUCCUGCACAUACAAGGAGGACAAUGCGGUAACCAAAUUGGAUCGAAGUUUUGGGAGGUAGUAUGCGAUGAACAUGGAAUUGAUCCAACCGGACGAUACACUGGAACAUCAGAUUUGCAAUUGGAGAGGGUUAAUGUGUACUACAAUGAGGCAUCGUGUGGCCGAUUUGUGCCUCGUGCUGUUCUUAUGGAUCUCGAGCCUGGUACUAUGGAUAGUGUGAGGACUGGUCCCUAUGGUCAGAUCUUUAGACCGGAUAACUUUGUGUUUGGACAGUCUGGUGCUGGUAAUAACUGGGCUAAAGGUCAUUAUACUGAGGGAGCUGAGUUGAUUGAUUCAGUGUUGGAUGUUGUGAGAAAGGAGGCCGAGAAUUGUGACUGUCUUCAAGGUUUCCAAGUUUGCCACUCACUUGGUGGUGGAACUGGUUCGGGAAUGGGAACUCUUCUGAUAUCUAAGAUUAGGGAAGAAUACCCCGACAGGAUGAUGCUAACUUUCUCUGUGUUCCCAUCACCCAAGGUUUCUGAUACCGUUGUUGAGCCAUACAAUGCCACCCUUUCUGUACAUCAGUUAGUUGAGAAUGCCGAUGAAUGUAUGGUGCUGGACAAUGAGGCCUUGUAUGACAUCUGCUUUAGGACUCUCAAGUUGACUACUCCCAGCUUUGGUGAUCUGAACCAUCUGAUCUCUGCAACUAUGAGUGGCGUCACCUGCUGCCUUAGGUUCCCUGGUCAACUCAACUCAGAUCUUAGGAAACUUGCUGUGAAUCUCAUUCCCUUUCCUCGUCUGCACUUCUUUAUGGUUGGCUUUGCUCCUUUGACAUCACGCGGUUCGCAACAAUACCGUGCUUUAACAGUUCCAGAACUGACCCAACAAAUGUGGGACUCAAAGAACAUGAUGUGCGCUGCUGACCCACGCCACGGACGCUACUUAACUGCCUCAGCUAUGUUCCGUGGUAAGAUGAGCACAAAAGAAGUGGACGAGCAAAUGAUCAAUGUUCAGAACAAGAACUCCUCGUACUUUGUUGAGUGGAUCCCCAACAAUGUCAAGUCAAGCGUAUGUGACAUUCCUCCCAAAGGACUUUCUAUGGCAUCGACUUUCAUCGGAAACUCGACUUCAAUCCAGGAGAUGUUCCGUCGUGUGAGUGAACAAUUCACAGCUAUGUUUAGGAGAAAGGCUUUCUUGCAUUGGUAUACCGGUGAAGGAAUGGAUGAAAUGGAGUUCACUGAAGCCGAAAGCAAUAUGAAUGAUCUCGUGUCCGAAUAUCAGCAGUACCAGGAUGCUACUGCCGAAGAGGAGCUCGAGUACGAGGACGAAGAGGACGAGGAAGGAGUUCAUGAGAUGUAAUGAAACAAUGAGCGAGAUGUCUUUAGUUUUUUCUGUUGCUUUUACAGCAAUAUGAUUUCUAAAAUAUAUUGUCUAUUGUUUUUGUUGCUGUUGAACAUUGUGUGAAUGUUUCUAAAUGUUCCCAAAUAGAGUUAAAAAUGUGCCUUUGUUAAA